ACUUUCUUAUACACUUAUACAAUUCUCCAAUUACCAUAUAGGCUACCUGGGAAAUGGGCUGGCUGUUUACCCGAAUGGACAGACUGUUGACUCUCUGCGUCUCGCGGUGACAGGCGCGUCAGGCAGUGAAGGUCCGCCCCUCGGCGGUGUUCAGCAGCGCUGCGCGCAUCACUCUCAAACGCUAAUUCCACCGGGACAGACGCAACUUCGGUCCGCACGCGGAGCGGAGGAGACGCACACGAAAUGACACCAAUGGCUGCGCUUGUGUUCACGGCGACUUUUGCGCUAAUAAUCUGGAUACCGAGUUUCGCGUUUACCGCACGGGUCUACCCUCCUAAUGAAGUGACGCUGCUGGACUCGAGAACGGUGCAGGGAGAACUGAAAUGGGUUGCGAGUCCGACGGAAGGAGGGUGGGAAGAAGUGAGCAUCAUGGACGAGAAGAAUACGCCAAUCAGGACGUACCAGGUAUGCAACGUAAUGGAACCCAACCAGAACAACUGGCUCCGAACAGACUGGAUCCCCCGCGGCGGAGCUCAGCGCGUCUACAUCGAGAUCAAAUUCACCCUGCGUGACUGCAACAGCCUGCCAGGAGUCAUGGGAACUUGCAAGGAGACCUUUAACCUCUACUACUACGAGUCCAACAAUGACAAAGAGAGGUACAUCCGAGAGAACCAGUUCACCAAAAUCGACACCAUCGCGGCCGACGAGAGCUUCACGCAGGUGGACAUAGGAGACCGCAUCAUGAAGCUGAACACGGAAGUGCGGGAUGUAGGAAUUUUGACGCGGAAGGGCUUCUACUUGGCCUUCCAGGACGUCGGGGCCUGCAUCGCCCUGGUAUCCGUACGGAUCUUCUAUAAGAAAUGCCCCCUCACCGUACGCAACCUGGCCCAGUUUCCGGACACCACCACCGGGGCGGACACUUCAUCACUAGUGGAGGUACGCGGAUCCUGUGUGGACAAUUCGGAGGAACGUGAGGUCCCUAAAAUGUACUGCGGAGCAGAUGGAGAAUGGCUGGUGCCUAUUGGGAACUGUUUGUGUAACCCUGGCUAUGAGGAACAUGGAGGAACAUGCCAAGCCUGUAAGAUCGGUUACUACAGAGCUCUGGCUACAGACGACAGCUGCUCCAAGUGUCCGCUGCACAGCUACUCUGUGAGGGAGGGAUCCACUUCCUGUGCCUGCGACAAAGGCUUCUUCAGGUCUGAGACGGACCCUGCCUCUAUGCCCUGCACACAGCCCCCAUCUGCUCCUCAGCACCUUAUUUCCAAUGUGAACGAGACCUCUGUGAAUCUGGAGUGGACGGCUCCAGCGUCCUCCGGUGGCAGGCAGGACCUUGCUUAUAACGUCAUAUGCAAGCGGUGCAGCUCGGACGGCCAGCGCUGUCAGCCCUGUGGCAACGGCAUCCAUUUUUCCCCUCAGCAGCUGGGCCUUCGCGCCACCCGGGUGUCCAUAAACGACCUGCAGGCUCACACCAACUACACCUUUGAGAUCUGGGCCGUCAAUGGGGUCUCCAAGCAGAGUCCUGGACCAGAACAGGCAGUGUCUGUGACGGUUACAACUAACCAAGCGGCUCCCUCUCCGGUUACCACCAUCCAGGCCAAGGACAUCACUAGACACGCUGUGUCUUUGGCAUGGCAGCAACCCGAGAGACCAAACGGAGUCAUUCUUGAGUACGAGGUCAAGUACUACGAGAAGGAUCAAAAUGAGCGCAGCUAUCGCAUAAUGAAGACCACGUCCCGAAGUGCCGAGAUCAAAGGCCUGAGCCCGCUCACGUCCUAUGUAUUUCAUGUGCGUGCCCGCACCGCUGCUGGCUACGGAGACUUCAGUGCCCCCUUCGAGUUCAUGACCAACUCAGUUCCCUCUCCCAUUAUCGGAGAUGGUGCCAACUCCACUGUGCUGCUGGUGUCUGUGAUUGGCAGCGUGAUUCUCUUACUCAUCUUCAUCGGAGUCUUCAUCAUCAGCCGCAGGCAGGUGACCCCAUCCCCAGCAGGGAGUCUUGGUUUAGGGCAACGUCCUGGGUCGUUCCAUUGCCUCUAUUCUGCAACCUGCACCCAUGUAAAGGGGAGAAGCAAAUACAGCAAAGCCAAACAGGAUUCUGAUGAGGAGAGGCAUUUACAUCCAGGAGUCCGGAUCUAUGUGGACCCCUUCACCUACGAGGACCCCAACCAAGCAGUCCGUGAAUUCGCUAAAGAAAUUGACGCCUCCUGCAUCAAGAUUGAAAAGGUCAUCGGCAUUGGCGAAUUCGGGGAGGUGUGCAGCGGCCGUCUCAAAAUGCCUGGAAAGCGUGAGAUCUGCGUGGCAAUAAAAACCCUCAAAGCGGGAUACACCGACAAGCAGAGGCGGGACUUUCUGAGCGAGGCCAGCAUCAUGGGCCAGUUUGACCACCCCAACAUCAUCCGACUGGAGGGAGUCGUCACUAAAUGUAAGCCAGUUAUGAUCAUCACUGAGUACAUGGAGAACGGAUCCCUUGAUGCUUUUCUCAGGAAGAACGACGGGCGGUUCACUGUAAUCCAGCUGGUGGGAAUCCUGCGCGGCAUCGCUUCAGGAAUGAAGUAUCUGUCCGACAUGAGCUACGUCCACCGUGACCUGGCGGCACGCAACAUCCUGGUGAACAGUAACCUGGUGUGCAAAGUGUCCGACUUCGGCAUGUCUCGAGUUUUGGAGGAAGACCCAGACGCCGCUUACACUACCAGAGAAAUAACAGGAACCUAUCAAUCACAGGGAGGCAAGAUACCUAUCCGCUGGACUGCUCCUGAAGCCAUCACGUACAGAAAGUUCACCUCCGCCUCCGACGUGUGGAGUUACGGCAUCGUCAUGUGGGAAGUUAUGUCAUACGGAGAGCGGCCAUACUGGGACAUGAGUAAUCAGGAUGUGAUCAAGGCGAUUGAGGAAGGCUAUCGGCUGCCUCCACCCAUGGACUGUCCAGUUUCUUUGCACCAGCUGAUGCUGGAUUGUUGGCAGAAAGAACGUGCUGAAAGGCCAAAGUUCAGCCAAAUUGUCAACAUGCUGGACAAACUCAUCCGCAACCCCAACAGCCUGAAGAGGACGGGAGGAGAGAUAGCCAGACCCAACACCACCCUCCUGGAGCCCAGCAGCCCAGAAUUCACAUCCACCCUGGGAUCAGUUGCCGAUUGGCUGCAGGCCAUCAACAUGGAACGUUACAGAGACAACUUCACUGCUGCUGGCUACACCACUCCAGAGGCUGUGGUCCACAUGACACAAGAAGACAUGGCGAGGAUAGGGAUCUCUUCUGCCGCACACCAGGAUAAGAUCCUCAACAGCGCGCAGGGAAUGCUGUCCCAGAUGCAACAAAUGCAAGACAGGAUGGUUCCUGUCUGAACCCAUGGGAUCGAAACACACAAACUCGAAACACACUUUGGACUUCCUUUUUUAUUUUUGGUUCUAAGAAAAUCCAUUUACCUCAUCCAUGCACUUUAAAUUAAAUUUAAAUGAAACAGAAAAAGAUUUCAGAGGAACGAUACGGCACUUUUCUUUCAAUAACGCCAUCCGAGUCGCGCUGUACUGAUGCUCUGGAUAUAUGAUUGUAGGAAACUUUUCAUUUCAGUGAAACUACAAAGGAGUUUCUCUGUUUGCUUAUUUGAUUUUUUUGUAUGUGUGCGCCUGUAAGUAAAUGUAUAAAUAGUACUGGAUUUUUUGCCAUUUCAUGCGGAGUUUUAACACGUGAAAUGGAGGCGUCGGAGCUGAAGAUUUUAUGCACUCUUUACCGCUUUUGUUCCGGGGAUUUCGCAGAGGCAUUCAUCUCCCAGCGUCCACAAUGGAAGAGCAGCUCUGGAAAGUCUCCAGGUCUCCCCACCGUCAGAAUGGAAUAUCUCCGCAAUUCUCCGCACGGCUUGGGUUGGAAUAGAAAAAUCGUCCCUCGGUUUACAUCUUUCUCUCUCCACCUCGGCCUCCACGGUUUUCCCCUGCCCUCUCCCUCCUCGCCUCUCUGUCUCCGGAGACCUUCGGCGGGCCGUGAAAUCAACACAUGUCUCCCUCGCUGGAAGUUUCAUCAGAGCUGAGCUAAGAGUCACCUUCACGCAUCUGCUCCGCAGCGAUAUCCUCCGUCAAACCUGACGCAGACUCGCAUCUAUUGCGGUUUCAAUAACUACAUUUACUUGACACCAGGACUUCAAUUCCCAUGAUUCCCUGAACGCUUCCACGACGGGAGACUGAAAACAUGACAAACAAACCCGAGGAGCAGUCGGUCGUCUCCUAAGAGAUUCAGUGAGAGAUAUAAUGAACAUUUUCAUUUGGUCUCACUCUUGACAGGAAAAACUCUCCGCUCUCAGUGCAGCGUGUUGCUGUUUUCUUUGAAGGAUGACGGUUUGUUUUGAGGCGCGUACACAAAGGACAGAAGCACAUGAUGUGUGCUAAGACUGCAGAAGUUUGUGGAGGCUCUCUGGAGACCAACAUACUGGAGUUGUUUGCUAUAUAUCCUGUUCUUUGCUUCUUACCAAUGCUGGAGAUUGUAACAAAAAAAACAAAAAACGCCACAUUUAUUUGAGUCCUUUGACUCGAAUGAAACCAUUUCAGUGCUGAUUUGAAUGGUCUGAAUGCGGACUGCAAGAAGAGGCACGUUAUUUGUACCUAAAAUAAACUUAUUACAGGAAUGUUUAUAAAAAGGGAAGAAAAAGAACUGUUAACAUUUCAAGUGUGCUCUGUUUCACUUCAUCCUUCCAAUCUGAGAGACUCAAUGUGACGCAUUCUCAUAUGAAAUGCUUUCUUCCCAUUUCAUCUUUCGAUAGACCCGGUUUAGGACCUGUUUGGAAUAUGCAAUGAAUGUGAAUGAGGAGAGAAAUCCAAUAGAAUGUACCGUGCCAAGUCUCCUAAUGUAGUUUAUUCUGAAAGAACACUAAUGAUUCUCGUUUUUUCCCCAGAUGAUCUAGACAUUUCAAGUUUAAGGUUGUGUCAUCGUUUUCCUUCUCUUCCAUUUUUAUUUUUUGAAUUUAGGUACAUGAAACAUGUCAUUUAUUUAUGGUCUUUUUUUAUCUAGUUUGUAAAUUGUAAAAUAGAGCUAUGAGAGAAAUAAAUGAUUGCCAAGUGCAUUGUAAUUAAA